GACCCAGCAGCGUCGGCCGUUUGACGCUCAGGAAGUGGAUUGAACCACCGAAGAUCCCCCGCAGCAGAUAGCGAUAGUCCCGAUGUGUGAAAAGAGUAUCCAGGCCGACUGAAACCGCAGUUUAAAAAAAGAAAAAAAAAAUCCAUUCGGGGGUUUGUUUUAUUUUUGAGAGGAUAAUGCUGGAUGGUUGCGCUCAUGAAAUUCACCAGAGACAUAUGCCGGCUGUUGGGACUCGGGAGCGGCCCUGCUGUGCUGCAGGAGGAGCCGAUGGACUGUGUUGCUGCGACCUCUGACCCAUGUCACGAUGCCACUUUAUCACAGAACGCGUUAAACGGAGAUGCGGAUCUGAGCGAGGGCGAAAAGGUCCGGCGGAAAGCGGAGCGACGGCGAGCCAAGAGGAAGCGUCGCCGGAAACGCAAGAAGCAAGAGCAGGUCAAGCAAAGCGACAACGCUGAACAGGACGACGAAGAGGACGCCGGUGCCGAGUCUGAGCUGGACGAGAGCGAGUCGGAAGCAGACGCGGCCGAAGAGGAAAAACAGAGAGAAACAACAGAGGAGAUCGAGGAAAGAGAAUCUGCUGCUUCUGACGACCUGGUUGCCCCUCCUGUCAUGACGCCUGCAGGACUCAAAGGACAGCAGAAGACAAAAGCCAAGUCCGCCGAAGAGGAGCCAGAGUGGGAUGUGAGCAGUGCCUUCUUUGCUAAUGCUGCUAGCCAUAUCAAACCCAAAGGAUCAAGUCGCAAGUCCAAAGAAAACAAGGAAAACGAGGCCAGAAAAGAGACAAACGGAACUGACAACAUGACUAAGAAAAGCGCAUCACUGACAGAAAAAGGUAUUAAGCUGGUGCAGGAGGGGCAGUAUGCACAAGCAGUCUGUAUGUUUACGGAAGCCAUAAAGUAUGAUCCAAAGGACUACAGGUUCUUUGGAAACCGCUCCUAUUGCUAUUACUGUCUGGAGCAGUAUCCUCAGGCGCUGGGAGAUGCAGAACGCUCCAUCGAGCUGGCUCCAGAGUGGGCCAAAGGAUACUUUCGCAAAGGCAGAGCACUCAUUGGUAUGAAGCAUUACAGUGAGGCAGAGAAGGCUAUGGAGCAGGUGUUAAAACUGGACAAAGACUGCGAGGAGGCAGUCAAUGACCUCUUCAGCUGCAAAGUCCUCCAGCUAAUGGAGUUUGGAUUUGAAGAGAUGCAAAGUGUUCUACUGCUGGAGAGAUUUUCAUCUGUGCAGGCUGUCCUGUCGUCAGAUGCAGCUAGAGCGGGAGGCCCUGAUACAUCAGUUGUGCAACCAGGAAGCCCUUGCUCAUCUCUCUGGGUGGGAAAUGUGACGACGGAGAUAACGGAGAAGCAUUUAUGGGACCUUUUUAAAAUGUAUGGUGACAUAGAAAGCAUCCGUGUGCUGCAUGAGAGAUUCUGUGCCUUUGUGAAUUUUAGGAAUGCAAACAUGGCAGCCCAAGCCAUGGAAAAACUAAACGGUUAUUGCAUUGAAAACACGCGUUUAGUUGUAAGGUAUCCUGACCGCCGCACUCAGAGGGUCCUUCCCAUUCCUCUUAGGACUUUUCUCCCCGUCACGCAGCAGGCAGGGGCAGGAACUGGUCCUCGGAGACGUGGUCCAGUUAACGGAGACGAGUGUUACUUCUGGAGAACCACCGGCUGCCAUUUCGGGGACAAAUGUCGCUACAAGCACUUCCCUGACCAGAAAGGCAAGGACAGGAAACCCUGGCAGCCUUGAACGGCGGCGGUCAGUGCUCCGCCUCGGCGGCGCUCGGGGGAACCGGUGUUGCUCCGAAAUCCGCCCGCGAAGCUCGAACUCAACCGCAUCGGGAUCUCUGGACUGAAAAUAUUUUGGUAACUAAAUAAAUAAAUCAGAAGCAGAUAGAGGAGUAGGGGAUAGUUGCACCUUAGCCCUACAAGACUUAGAGCAUGAAAUUGGUUCUGUUACCCAAAGAUCCAAAUGAAUGCCGUUUCUCAGAAGUGCAAAGUUAACCAGGGAGGAAGAAAAUACCAUCACACUGGCAGCCCUGCGUUUCUCCCUGAAAGCAACACUAAAGUCGAGAUGAGUUGAUGGAAGUGAAAUUCACUCGGCCUACCGUUGAUGUUGUUGAAAACCAUGACUCUGUCUUGGUUAUGAAGCAGGAAGCGGGUUAUGAAAGGCAUCAUUACGGAUUCACCGGGGACUUUUUUUUUUAGAGAAAACCAUUUAACCUCUGGGUUACAGUCUAGGUGUACUCAUUUCCCACAUUUGCCUUUGUUUCACACGGAUGUGCUGGAAAUAUUUGGAGUUGAAGUUGUUUCUGUGCUAUUAUCAGCACCUGACCAAAGACAUUUCACUACUUCCCCCGCGCAACAGAAUAUCGCAGCCUUAGUUAAGAUCAGAUCAGGGUAAGUAAAUAACUGGAUUAAGGGAAAUCAAACAGCCGUACGGAUAACAGGUGGAUAAUUCAUGCAGGGGUUCUGUUCAGACUGAGCGUCCUCAUAAUGCCUGUAAGACAUAAACUCACAAUGCAAUCCGGUGAAAUGUUCUCGUUAUUUAAAGGCUGGGAUGCCUCAUUUGUGGAGGCUGAGAAGUUUCGACUCCUGUAUUUUGGCUGUUUGUUUUCUUUUUAUGUUGGACUGGAUUGCAUGACAUGAGGUAUAAUGUGCUUCAGUUCGGCAGGGUUAAUAGCUUGAUACAAAAUGUUUUUGCCGUAUCGAAAUGAUAUUUAGGUUGGCGAUCGGUCGAUUAUUCCUUAAGCGUUGUUUUGAUAUCUGUUUUAGAUCUAUGCAAAAAAACAAACAAAAAAAAAGUGUCAGGGAAACACGUUUGCCCACCUGUGGGAGGACUAGGCAUAAAACAACAGUAAUAUGUCAUUUCUGAACCUUUUUAAAAAGCAGUGUUCAUGACCUUGGGGCCUCCACGUCAGUAUUUGACUAAGCUGAAGAAUCUGAUGGCUUUGCAUAGAGUCUCAUACCAGACAGUGAAUUACACAACCGCUGGCACGUGUUUUGUCACCCGCUUGACAACUACAGCUGAAGUUCACACUACAUUCACAAGUAAACUAUGCACUGCGUAGGAAGAGUAUUUAUUUUCCUAUUUAUACACACAUAUUAUAUAUAUAUAUAUAUAUAUAAACUUCCUUUUUUAACACAGAAUACUUUACAAACUAAAUCCAGGGUCUUAUCCACCUCCCAUCUAGACUUUGUCAUAAACUGUCCAAACGCCCCCCAGUCGGUUUAUUUCUGGCCCAGAUGAACAGCGGUUCGUAGGGAGCCGUGUCACAUGCUGAACUUCUGCUUUUCUUCUUUUGCUUUUUCGUUUUGUGGUCAGAGCUUGUGAUAAAGGAAUUGGAGAGCAAAAUUUAAGAUUGCGCUUGUUUUUUAACUUGUGCAUAUAUGGUUUCCCAUCUAAUUGGCGGUGUUCAGUAUUUUGAAUGCUAUUCUCGCAGUGCAUUAAAUUAUUUACACCCACUAAAACAUUUGAUUUAGUAUGUUAUAUUUUAACUUUAAUUGUAUAAACCUUUCCAUCUGGACUUUUAAUGUUUCCUGCUCUGUGUACUUUUAUUGUACCUUUUUAUUUAGAAUAAUUUUAUUAAUGUAUUUCAAGCUAUAUAUGUAUGCGUUCAACCAGAGCACUGCGAUUCUGUUAAUCUACCAAAAACUUUGUAUUUUUUUUCUGUAAGAAAAUAAGAGUUUUAUAUUUAAUAAACAUUUUUGUCCCAUCUCCUGA